CCUCUCUCCUCAUUCUCCUAAAAGAAAAUUUUGUUUGGUUUCAAUUUUGUCAAAGUAACCCAAAUUUAUCUAUCGUUCAUUCAUUUCCCUCAAAUCACAAACUUCAACUCUAGCCAUCUCAUCGUUCCUGGAGGCGGCAGCCAAAUCUAUUUCCUUUCCUCCUCCUCCAGAACGAACGGUCUUAGCAGUGGGAGUAGUACUAUUGGAACAAGCCUCCUCAAUCCUCAUCAUCAUCUAUGGAUCUUAAGCAGAUUGGAGAUAACUCUACAGGUGGUAACUCUGUCUUUGAUGCAUCUCAGUAUGCCUUUUUUGGGAACCAUGUUGCUGAGGAGGUUGAGCUUGGUGGCUUGGAUGACGAAGAAGAGGAGUUUCCUCUGGCUGGGAUAGGACAAGAUUUCGCCUUUGAUAAGGAAGAGACUGAACUUUCCAGAACUCUCUCCGACGUUGAUGAUCUUGCUGGCACAUUUUCAAAGCUGAAUAGGGAUCAUGACGGACAUAGAAGCACGGUACCAAUAGCUGACAAUGGAUCAAGACAGAAUUAUUUUGUUGAUGGACGGAACCAGGGGGAGGAGUUGCCAAAUUUGUAUGGCCAGCAGAUACUGGAUUCCAAUGACAAAAGGUGGAUAUCUCAGCCUUUUUCUACUCCAGAUCUUAUUGAGCAAAGAAACCUGCACAGGGCAAUAUCAUAUCCUGAGCCACAGCAUCACCAGCGGCCGCACCAGCAUCAGCAACAAUUUUCCAGCGAACCUAUUCUUCUGCCAAAGUCAUCUGGUGGCAGACCGCCAGAUCAGCAAUAUCAUUCUGGCGGGCCUCAUAUGGGAUCCCCAAAUCUCUCCCCUUUUCCAAAUUCUCAUCCUCGGUUGGUUGGCAUGCAUCAUGGGUCACCACAGCUCACUGGAAACAUGCCUCAGUUUCAACCUCUGAACAAUCGCCCACCAGCUCAAUGGAUGAAUCGGCCAAACAUGUAUCCUGAGGAUACUUCUGGGAUCAUGAACAUGUUGCCACAACAGCAGUUACCUCAUCAAAACGGUUUGUUGCCUCCACAGCAGAGGAUGCCUCAGAUGCCGGUUCCCCAGAAUAGUAUACCACAUCCGAUGCAGCCUCAUGGGCAUUUGCCAGGAAUGCAACCUCAGUUUUUUAAUUCCCACCUUUCUCGUUCUUCAUCCUCAGGCAGUUAUGAUGCAAUGCUUGGGUUUGGUGAUAUGAGGGAAGCAAGACCAGGAUCAGGCCAGGGGAACAGACAAAACAUGCGGUUUCAUCAACAGAGUUUUGAUGGUGGUCUUCAAAGGAGAGAUAGUCGUUUCCGGUCGAAAUACAUGUCAGCUGAUGAAAUAGAGAACAUGCUAAAAAUCCAGCUUGCAGGCACACUUACCAAUGAUCCUUACGUGGAUGAUUAUUACCACCAGGCUCGUCUUGCUAAGAAACCGGAGGGUGAAAAGCAGAAGCAUCGCUUCUGUCCGAAUCAUUUGAGAGACCUUCCAUCUCGUGCACGUACCAACAACGAGCCCCAUGCGUUUCUUCAUGUUGACGCUCUUGGUCGAGUUCCUUUCUCUUCUGUCCGCAGGCCUCGUCCUCUGCUUGAAAUGGAUCCUAAAUCUGGCAACCUGGAGCAUAAGGAUACAGCCAAGCCCCUCGAACAAGAACCAAUGCUUGCAGCUAGGGUGACUAUUGAGGAAGGUCUCUACCUCUUCCUGGAAGUAGAUGAUAUUGACCGGUUCUUAAAGUUCAAUCAAGUCCAAGACGGUGGAAACCAGUUGAGGCAAAAGCGGCAAGCUCUGUUGGAUGGGCUUGCAGUGUCGCUACAGCUUGUUGACCCUCUCGGCAAGAAUGGGCAAAACGAUGGGAUUGAAUCUCAGGAUAACCUCGUGUUUCUGAGGAUUAUCUCCCUUCGAAAGGGUCGGAAGCUACUCACAAGGUACCUCCAGCUUCUUAUCCCUGGCAGCGACCUGAUGCGAAUAGUUUCCAUGGCCAUUUUCAGACACUUAAGGUCCUUGUUCGGAGCUCGGUCGUCAGAUACCGAAACCAGGGAGACUACAAUCAAACUUGCGAAAGUCAUCGUUUUGUGCAUUCAAACCAUGGAUCUUGGACCCGUAAGUGCGUGCCUUGCAGCGGUUUCUUGUUCUUAUGAGCAGCCACCGCUUCGUCCCUUGGGUAGUCCCGUGGGAGACGAAGCCACGGUUAUUCUCAAAUGCGCACUCGACAGAGCUGCCGAGCUUCUCCGUGCUAAUCCUUACAACAACGCAGGCAUGAAUCUGUGGCGUGCGUCCUUUGAUGAGUUCUUCAACUUGCUGAUGAAACAUUGCAUCAGCAAGUACGACAGUAUAAUGCAGAAUCUGAAUUCGCAGUUGUCACCACACUUUGGCGCGGAGAUGACUGAAGCUGCUGCACAAGCCAUUGUCAGGGAGAUGCCGAUUGAGCUUCUACGUGCAAGUUUCCCACACAUUAGUGAUGAGCAAAAGAGAAUACUUGUGGAGUUCUUGAAGCUUGGUAGCCAGAAAACGGACGCAGUCAUAAAUCAAUGAUAGUGGGAAAAAACGAAAGUUCCGCAUGGAGCAGAACUCGUCUUUCUUUGAUACUCAUCUUUUUUUUUCUUGAUUGACAUUAAUGAUGUGAAAGAAACAGGAGAAGUUUGCAUGUACAGGGAAGGUUUAAAGCUUGUUUUACAUAAAAGAUAGCAAAUGGCAGUUACUGUUCUAUGUUUGGAUGUGUUUUAUUUAAGAUGACAGAGAAGGUCCAACGGUUUUGAUUUU